UGAGGCACUUGUGUGCAGAGUUUAACAGAUGCUGGAAAAGGCACUUGCUUGCUGGAGCCAAGACUGCAAGUUCCUCUAAUUCCAAGCCAUGAAUGAAUCCAGGGGGACUGACUGGAAGAUCCUGAACAUCAGCAGUGGCAUCGUGAAUAUGUCUGAGCGUCACUCUUGCCCACUUGGAUUUGGUCACUACAGUACAGUGGAUGUCUGCAUCCUCGAGACAGUUGUUAUUGUCUUGCUGACAUUUCUAAUCAUUGCUGGGAAUUUAACGGUCAUCUUUGUCUUUCAUUGUGCUCCACUGUUACAUCAUUAUACUACCAGCUAUUUUAUACAAACAAUGGCAUAUGCUGAUCUCUUCGUUGGAGUUAGCUGCUUGGUUCCUACUCUCUCACUUCUUCACUACUCCACAGGUGUCCACGAGUCAUUGACUUGCCAGGUUUUUGGAUAUAUCAUCUCAGUUCUAAAAAGUGUUUCUAUGGCGUGUCUUGCUUGCAUCAGUGUGGAUCGCUAUCUUGCAAUAACCAAGCCUCUUUCCUACAAUCAGCUGGUCACCCCUUGUCGCCUGAGAAUUUGCAUUAUUUUGAUCUGGAUCUAUUCCUGCCUAAUUUUUUUGCCUUCCUUUUUUGGCUGGGGGAAACCUGGUUACCAUGGUGACAUUUUUGAAUGGUGUGCCACCUCUUGGCUCACGAGUGCCUAUUUUACUGGUUUUAUUGUUUGUUUACUUUAUGCUCCUGCUGCCUUUGUUGUCUGUUUCACUUACUUUCACAUUUUCAGAAUUUGCCGACAGCAUACCAAAGAAAUAAAUGACCGAAGAGCCCGAUUCCCUAGCCAUGAAGUAGAUGCUUCCAGAGAGACAGGACACAGCCCCGACCGACGCUAUGCCAUGGUUUUAUUUAGAAUAACUAGUGUAUUUUACAUGCUGUGGCUCCCCUAUAUUAUUUACUUUCUUCUAGAAAGCUCCCGAGUUUUGGACAAUCCAACACUGUCCUUCUUAACAACCUGGCUUGCUAUAAGUAAUAGCUUUUGUAACUGUGUGAUAUACAGCCUCUCCAACAGUGUUUUUCGGCUAGGCCUCCGAAGACUUUCUCAGACAAUGUGCACAUCUUGUACAUGUGUGGAAGAUCGGGAAACACGAGACCCCAAACCUAGGAAACGGGCGAAUUCCUGCUCCAUUUGAAGAGACUAAGACAGUAAAUCUAGUGUAAUCUGACAGUGGGUUUGGAUUAUAUUCUUGAUUCAUCUGGAAAGUUGCCAGAGAAAUAUUUACUUGAAUAGUUCAUUGUUAAAUGAGGGAUGAAAUUAGUAUCUCUUUUUUAAAACUGUUUUGAUGGAGAAAACUAGAGGAAAGGAGGUGUACAGGGUAAUCUCAUGAGAGAAUUAUAGUGUAUGAAUGUAAA